GUUAUUGCAACUGCAGACCGUUACCUGGCACACUGGCUGCUACCUCCCUCACUCUUGUCAGAGUCGGAGCUACAGGCAGUGCCUUCAGCUCUGAGCUCAGGCAUCCUGGUCCCUGUUUUUGCAGUUAAGGACUCUAAAGUGUUGUGACGUGUUCAUCAAGUUUUUCUCAACCUCCCUGGCUCUACCUUUUCUGCCAGAAACGUCAGCAUGGUGGUAUCUGCCGACCCUUUGUCCAGCGAGAGGGCAGAGAUGAACAUCCUAGAAAUCAACCAGGAAUUGCGCUCCCAGCUGGCAGAGAGCAAUCAGCAGUUCCAAGACCUCAAAGAGAAAUUCCUUAUAUCUCAAGCUACUGCCUACUCCCUGGCCAACCAUCUGAAGAAAUACAAGUGUGAAGAGUACAAAGACAUCAUAGACUCUGUGCUGACGGAUGAACUGCAGUUCAUGGAGAAGCUGGCAGAGAAGCUCAGGCAAGCUGAGGAGCUCAGGCAGUAUAAAGCCCUGGUUCACUCUCAGGCAAAAGAGCUGACCCAGUUACGGGAGAAGUUACGGGAAGGGAGAGAUGCCUCCCGCUGGCUGAACAAGCAUCUCAAAACCCUCCUCACUCCUGAUGACCCUGACAAGUCCCAGGGUCAGGACCUCCGAGAGCAGCUGGCUGAGGGGCACAGGCUGGCAGAGCACCUUGUUCACAAGCUGAGCCCAGAAAAUGAUGAAGAUGAAGAUGAGGAUGAAGACGACAAAGACGAGGAGGUUGAGAAAGUACAGGAAUCACCUGCCCCCAGGGAGGUGCAGAAGACUGAAGAAAAGGAAGUCCCUCAGGACUCACUGGAGGAAUGUGCUGUCACUUGUUCAAAUAGUCACAACCCUUCUAACUCCAACCAGCCUCACAGGAGCACCAAAAUCACAUUUGAGGAACACGAAGUUGACUCUGCUCUGGUUGUAGAGAGUGAACACCCUCAUGAUGAAGAGGAGGAAGCUCUAAACAUUCUCCCAGAAAAUCAAAAUGAUCAUGAGGAAGAGGAGGGGAAAGUUCCAGUGCCCCCCAGACACCAUGACAAGUCCAACUCUUACCUGCAUCGUGAAGUCUCUUCCUUGGCAUUGGAUGAACAGAAAGUUUGCUCCGCUCAGGAUGUUGCCAGGGAUUACUCCAAUUCCAAAUGGGAUGAAACCCCACUUGGCUUCCUCAAAAAGCAAAAUGAUCUUGAAGAGGUGAAAGGACAAGAAACAGUUGCUCCCAGGCUCAGCAGGGGACCACUGAGAGUGGACAAGCAUGAAAUCCCCCAGGAGUCACUGGAUGGAUGUUGCUUGACUCCUUCCAUCCUUCCUGACCUGACUCCCUCCUACCACCCUUAUUGGAGCACUUUGUACUCUUUUGAAGACAAGCAAGUCAGCUUGGCUCUUGUAGACAAAAUUAAAAAGGAUCAAGAGGAGGUAGAAGACCAAAGCCCAGCAUGCCCCAGGCUCAGCCAGGAGCUGCCAGAGGUGAAGGAGCAGGAAGUCCCAGAGGACUCCGUGAAUGAAGUUUACUUGACUCCCUCAGUUCACCAUGACGUGUCUGACUGCCACCAGCCUUAUAGCAGUACCUUGUCCACAUUGGAGGAUCAGCUUGCCUGCUCUGCUCUGGAUGUAGCCUCCCCCACCGAGGCGGCCUGUCCCCAAGGGACUUGGAGUGGAGACUUGAGCCACCACCGGUCAGAGGUUCAAAUUUCACAGGCACAGCUGGAACCAAGCACCCUGGUGCCCAAUUGUCUGCGACUACAGCUGGAUCAAGGGUUCCACUGUGGGAACGGCUUGCCCCAGCAGGGCCUUUCCUCCAUGACCUGCAGCUUCUCAGCCAAUGCUGAUUCUGGGAACCAAUGGCCCUUCCAAGAGCUGGUUUUAGAGCCCUCUCUGGGGAUGAAGAACCCUCCCCAGCUGGAAGAUGAUGCACUUGAAGGCUCAGCAAGCAACACACAAGGGCGUCAAGUCACUGGCCGGAUUCAUGCCUCCCUUGUCCUGAUACUGAAGAUCAUCAAAAGAAGACUCCCAUUCAGCAAGUGGAGACUGGCAUUCAGAUUCGCUGGCCCGCAUGCUUAGAGUGCAGAGAUACCAAAUACUGCUGGAAGGAUGCAAAGGAUGAUAGGAUGAAAGAAUGUCACAAAAAGCAGCUUUUCCACUUGAUAAAAACAACUAAAACAGCAAAGCAAGUUCAAGUCCAAACACAAUACUGCAGGGGUCCUUCACUGAGGAUUGAAUUUCAGACACAGAAUACUCUUGAUGACUUCAAGCCACUAUGCUCCUUUGAUUUGAGAAGCCACAUUCCAUCCCCCUCCAAUUGUGAUCAAUACCUAGGGAGACCAAUGCCCAGAUGGACAAAUAGCAUUGACAGGCGUUAGCCCUGUUUCUCAAUUCCCAUCGUGUAGAGAACAGGAGUCCGCAGCUGCUGGCAGGAGACAGCAUGUCAGCUGGGACUCUGCCAGGGCAGAGUAUGAGCAAUGCCAUGUUCUUGCUGAAAACGCUUAGCCUGAGUUUCAUAGGAGGUAACCCUCAGAUAACUGCAGAAUGUAUAACAUUGAACAGGACAACUGACCUGUCUCCUUCAAACAGUCCAUGUCACCACCAAGAACACAACAAAAAGGAGAAGAGACAUUUUGAGUUCAAAAAGAGUAAAAAGCCUAUGCAGUUUAUGCUUUUUUAGUCAUUUUGAACCCAAAACAUCUCCUCAUCUUUUUAUUGUUGUCAUUGAUGGUGGUGACAUGGACUUGUUUGUAGAGGACAGGUCAGCUGUCUGGCUCAAUGGUCUACAUUCUGAAGUUAUCUGAAAAUGUCGUCAUGAUUAAAUCCAGCCUAAACAUUUUGCCAGGAACUCUGCAGAGUCCAUGCUGUAGCUUCCUACCUCAGUCCAUCUGCAGGCAGAGAAGGCCCAGUGUGUCCAUCCCCAAUGCGGUGAUACUAGGAUGGUCACUUGGUUAAGGAGGGGUCUAGGAGCUCUGUCCCUUGUAAAGACAUCUUAUUUGUAAGUAAUUUGGAAAGUGGUGUGAAAUAGUAUAAAUAUCCUGUAUUCUAAUGAUCUUCUUCAGAACAUUUUAUCACCAAUUAAUCACCCCGCCUGUGUCAGUUAUUAUAUUUAUGUUUGCUCAAUGAAAAUUUUCUAUCUCAAAAUCUUACCUUAUACUUGCUUUUGCUGGCAUUCUUCGUAAAAAAGAUUAUUCCCUGCCCAAAUUUUAACUUUCAUCCAAAAUUAAUUUUAAUUUCUUUUUGCUGGCAUUCUGUUGUGAAAAAGAAUAUUCUCUGCCCCAAUUAUAACUUUCAUCCAAAAUUAAUUUUAGUCCAUCAGUUAAAAUUUUAAGUUUUAAAUCUGUUUAAUUAAAACAUUUCUUGCCUCUCA